AUGUGCCCUACGAAAACAUCACGUUGGCUUGUACCUAUUAUGCUUGGAUUCUAUGUGUUAUUAACUAAUAUACUGAUGUUCAACUUACUUAUUGCCAUGUUUUCUAAAACCUACGAAGAAAUAGAGAGUGCAUCAACAUACUAUUGGAAUUAUCAAAGAUAUCAAAUGAUCAAUGAUUAUGUUCAUAGAUCACCACUUGCUCCACCAAUUAUUAUUGUUUGGCAUUUCUAUGAAGCAUAUAAAGCUAUUGGAAAUCAAUGCGCAAGUUUAAGAAAUGCUGAAACAGCAAAAUAUAAUCCAUUUUGUGUACGAUUUACCGAUGUGAAAAAAGAAAGGGAAAUGGUCAAAUGGGAGCAUAUGAAAGCUAUGGAUUAUUUAAGAGAACCAUCAACCAAAGCAACUGGGAAAAGAGGUGUAGCUGAAUCACGUGCUGUGGUAUUUCGUGGUGGUGGAGGUGUUGGUCCUGGUCAAGGACCAGUAAUGGAUUUAAAAAGUGAAAUGUCCAGUGUUACAGAGGGUAUUGGAAUGGAGUUAGAAAAACGUUUCAAAGAGAUUGACAAUCAAUUUCAACGUUUUAAUGAUAUUGAUUCACGUUUGAAUGAUGUAACACAAUUAUUAACAAAUUUAUCUGAAGUAAUCAGUAAUGUGACUGAAACACAACAACGAAUUAUUCGACAAAUAAAUGAACUUCCUACUUGUCAAUGUAAUGAAUUCACUGAUGAGGUUGUUCCUGUACAAAAAUCCACUACAACUCAAGCUGAUUCAGGAACAGCAGAAACUAGAAAACGUACAAAACUAGAAGUAGCUAUUCAAUCUGCAUUAGAAGCAGCUAAAGAUGUACUACGACCACCAACACCACCACCACCACCGCCACCACCUCCUCCACCCCCAAGGGAAUCACCUGUUCUAUUAGCUGCUGUUGUUCCUGGAUCCGAAGAUGAUUCAAGUGGUUCAGAAGAAGGUGGUGAUCCUUCAGCCGAUCCAGUCAUAGUACCUCAAGUUCCAGAUAUUAAAACUGGAAGAGUUAUCGAAAGAACAUUAGGUGAUCAUCGAUUAUGGAGAAUGGCUCCAUUUAAUUUUGAAAAAUAUCCUGGAAUGAGAAUGAAUGUACCACCGGAACGAAUGGCAUGGACUGUGGAAUAUCCAGAUUACUUUGCAUAUGAUGCUUGUGAAGAAGUUUUAUUAUUCCCAUCAGAAGAAUCACAUGACGGUGUUAAUUUUACCCAUGGAAACAUCGUAUUUACUUUUCAACAUAGUGAAAAUCUACGUACAAUCAAUUUUAAUCAAUAUGAUUCUAAAGCUAAAUUACGUAGACAAAGUUUACUUGGUCGUUAUCGUUUAGAUUCAACAACAGGUGCACCAUUAAAUCCAAUGGGUAGAACAGGUUUAUUAGGUAAAGGAUUAUUACCACGUUGGGGUCCAAAUCAUUCAUUUGUAUUAUGUAUUACAAGAUGGACAAGAGAUACACGUACUGGUGUACAAGUAAUAAGAAGUAAUCGUGGUGUAUUACAAUAUUUGGCAUUAGAACGUAAUAAGAGAUUAUGUAUGCCAUGGUAUUUAACAGAUCAUACAAACAAAUGUGAUUUUGAUGAAUGUGUACCAAAGAUUAUAAGCAGUUUAGUGACUCGUCGAGGACGUGCUAUACUUCCAGAGAAAAGAGUUGAAAGAUUAUUGAAACGUAUUGAAAAGGCUGAAGUUACACAGAUUUUUAAAGGUUACUUAGAUGAUCAGUUAAAUGCGGAUAGUGCAUGGAUGGAAACUGUUGUGAUUAAUUUACAUGAAUCGGAGAGUAAAGGAGCUCAACUACCAGAUGACAUAUUAAAGUUACUCAAUGAACCUGGUACAGAAGAACAAUGUAAAUGGGUUGAAGUAUCACAUAGUAGUAAUCUACGUACAAGUCAUAAUUAUAUACUUAAGAAUGUUGCAGAACUUCGUAGAGCAUUCUAUUAAUUCAAAAUACUUCAAAGAUAAUGAACUCAUUCAUUUUACCUAUUUAUUAUAUUAAACACAAAUGAAAAUGUUGACUACAUUCUCAAAAUUUACAAACAGUAUUCAAUUCAUUUAAUGAAUAACUCAAUCAACUUUAUGAACUUUUUAAAAAAGUACAAAAAGAUGGUCUCCAUUUGUUUGUUUGUUUGUUUUUCCUGGAAUUUCCAUGAUCUAAUCAAGUUUACUAUUGUCCAUUUUAUAAAGAGAAAUGUAUUAUUUCUUUGAUGUUUUGGUCAUUGUGUUGUUUUAAACCGUAUCAAAAGGAUAUACAUGUUUCAAUAAUAAUAAUAAUAAUAAUAAUAA